GAGACCCAUCAUUCAUCCAAAGCAAUGGCAAAGUUAAUCUAUUGCUCUUGCUUCGUUACUCGCCCAUGCUCUAGUCCAUCUCCACUCUUCCGCAAACCGCAAUUUUCUGGGAAGCUAGCUCCUUAUACGUGUAAAGUAGGAAAGUUUGGACAAUUCAUUGAAGAUGUUAAUGAAACAGCCGAGAUUCUGCAUCUGCUGCGAGAAAGAUGCAAGGAGUCCUUAUUACAUUGCCAAAUACCAAAGGGAAAGCGGGUCUUUGAACGUAUUUCAUUGCAUUAUGAUGAAAUUUUAGAACAGUUACAUGAUCUUGAGGGAAGCUUAAGGUUAAGAGUCCCGGUGAAGGCAUUUCUUGCCUCCAACAUUUUGAUAUUUACUGCUCCUUUCAAAGCCCUGGCAGAAACUUGUGAAGCUGAUAACUCCUUUUUCAACAUGCCAUUACUGCUGUUUGUAUCCCUUAUUGGUGCCACAGUUGGAGGAUUGCUUGCACGACAGAGGAAAGGGGAACUGCAGAGAGUGAAUGAGCAGUUGCGCCAGAUCAAUGCUGCUCUAAGAAGGCAGGCUAAGAUAGAGUCGUAUGCUCCGAGCCUGAGUUAUGCUCCUGUCAGUGGUAGAAUAUCUGAAAAUGAAGUAAUCGUCGAUCCAAGAAAGGAAGAGUUGAUUUCUCGAUUGAAGAGUGGGAAGAAAUUUUUAAGGAAUCAAGAGCUUGAGAAGGCUUUUCUAGAGUUUAAGACGGCACUGGACCUUGCUAAGAGUCUAAAAGAUCCUAUUGAGGAGAAGAAGGCUGCCAGAGGAUUAGGUGCCUCAUUGCAAAGACAAGGCAAAUAUCAAGAAGCCAUUAAAUACCACUUGAUGGUUUUAGCAAUAUCUGAUCGGGAAGGAGAGGACUCUGGAAAUACAGAAGCUUAUGGAGCUAUUGCUGAUUGCUACACCGAGCUCGGAGACCUCGAGAAAGCAGGGAAAUUCUAUGACAAAUAUAUUGCCAGGUUGGAAACAGACUGAUGAAGCUGCAAUUCCCACCAGUUCUUCCACCUUUAAACGUAUUUCUAGAUAGUUGUAGAGGUUGCAGACAGCUCGAGGACCACCACCUUUUCUCCCUCCUUUAGCAUUACCGUUUUUAGAUGCCAAGUGCAGUCUUUCAGAUUGAAAUCGUGAAUUUAACAAAUUGACUUUGUUGGAUAAUGCAUUUU